AUGCAAUCUCCAAGGUCUCCUCUUCACGCUUCCGACUCGGACGUCUCUCCAGCGUCAAUGGUGCCGUCGAAGCAGUCUCAUGAAGAGUAUUUCCCCCCGUCUGAUGCCAGCGGCAGCCAGAAUUCGAUGCCUCUCGCCUCCAGUGCUAGCGACACUUCUUCGCGACGACAAUCGAAGCUCAGCUUCGCCACUGCGCUGCCAAAACCCGACGGAGCCCCGUUGCAUAAAACCACAUCAGGCUCGUCGGUCACUAAGCGGCGCGCUCUCGGCGUUCAGAAACGAGCUUCUGACGGUGCCAAAGCGCGUCCUCCGUCCCCUCCACCACACACCAGGUAA